UCACCGCGGCCCGGAGGUGGUCGGGGGUGCGGGGGUGGUCCCCCGGGUCCCCGCAGGUGCGUGGCCGCCUCGCCGGUGCCCGCGGGAGGAGCAUGCGGCGGCGCCAUGAGCGAGCAGUGGGACGUCGGCCGGGCCCUGGCCCUCUCCGGCCUCUUCCGUCUCCUGCAGGGCGCGGGCAAGGCCUGCGCGGCCCCGUUCCUCACGCUGUACCUCCGGCACCUGGGGCUGCCGGCCCCGCUGGUGGGCGUCGUGGCCGGAGCCAAGCACCUGGCGGCAGCUCUCUGGGCUCCCCUCUGCUCCCGCUGCCCCAAGGGCCGCAGGAAGCGGCGGCUUUUGGUUGCCGGCUCCUUGCUGGGCUCGGCGGGGGCCAGCCUGCUGCUCACCCUCAUCCCGCCCGCCGGCGGGGACGUGGGGUACAAGUACUGUAACGCCAGCCAGCAGCCGGGUGACCGAGGGGCCGCCACCGCGGCGGCCGGUCCGGGCACGAGCAGCUACGGUGUUCUAAGCGCGAGUGCUAUUACGAAUGCAAAAGCUGUGUCAAAAGAAACAACGAAAACAACCGCUGACGUUUUGAUGGCGAGCAGAAAGCCAACGCUAACCAGUUUGGCCUUCCAGGGAUUAUUUGGCCUGACAGAUAGGCUUGAGAAAAAAGGCAGAGGGGUUGGUGAAAGUGAUACAAAGACGAAUGGCUACUUGGUUGGUCCCUCCAUCUGGACAACUUCUGUGAAAGCAGUUAACUGGGAGACACGAGAGCCAGAAAUGCUGUCUUCCUACAGACCUCCCUUACAUGGACUCGAGAAGGAAACAAGCAGUCUGGGUCCUGCUGCAGUAGAUCUUGCUGAUAAUGCUGAAGAAAGCCCUUAUGCUAUUGAAAGUAAUGAGCUCUCUUUGUUUAAAACAACUCUUCCUGCUGUUGGAGAUGCUUACAUGUCUGGAAACCUUUCAGACCACCGGAAAGAUGCUCAAGAUUUCAGUUUCAAGGCAGUGCAAAACAUCUUUCAGGACAGAGAGCAUCAGAUUUUUCUUAUGGUACUGGGUGCUGUCGUGCUUUGGGAGCUGUUGGCUACUUCUCUCGAAUGGACAGUGGAUGACAGUCUCUAUGAAUUUCUCGACUUCGUUGAUGCGACUGAUAGGUAUGGCAAGCUGUGGAUUUGGAAUUACCUGGGUGCAUCUGUAGGCGCCUGCAGCAUUGCCGUAUUCGUGGAUCAACUGAAUUGCUUCCUCAGCAGUACAAUCACCCGCCUUGCUGUCCAUUUUUAUGGCUAUGCUCUCCUGAUAACACUGUCGUUGCUUGUCAGUGCCUUCAUUCCCAUCCAUGUUCCCAAGAAAACCGACCGUAUUAACAAAACCACCAAAGCCCUGGCCCUACUGUGGAGUGACGGCCGAGCAAUCCUGUACACCAUCACCAUCUUCUUCACUGGCGUGGCUGGGUCUGCGGUGCACAACUUUCUUUUCUGGCAGAUGCAGGACCGAGGCAGCAGUGAGCUGUACAUGGGGCUCUCUGUGGCUGUCGGGCUGCUUGCUGAAAUUUUGCUUUAUUUCUUCAAAGGGAAGUUGCUGAGGACUUUCUCGAGAAGCAAAAUUGUUGCAGUCAGCCUAAGCCUCCUGGCAGUACAGCUUCUGUGCUAUUCCUUCUUGUGGACUGCAUGGGCCUAAGUCCAGAAGGAUCCUCAAGCUGCCUUAUAUGGCUUGCCUUAACCUCAAAAGCACAGAGAUUUCAACACCUCUUCAGUAGGUAAGAUUUGCUUACAAAUGAAAAGUUGGUGGUCUGAUCUCAUUAAAAGACCUGUAUCAGACCUUAAACGGGGCUGGCAGAGAAGCUUUGAGCCUUACAGUCCUUUCAGCUACCAUCAAAAGCUGCUGUCAGUUCAUUAGGUACUUCCUUGGUCAAGGUACUACAUCAUUCUUUUGCAGAGGGAUAGAUUUUAAUAACAUCUUCCUAGUGUUUUACAAGCCAUAAGACAAGCAGCUGCAAAAAGCAAAAUAUUUAUUUAAAUGCAUAUUUAAUUUGUAAUAUGCAAAUGGCAUUGCAGUCUGUCACCCUGCUGCGUUCUGGACUCAGUAGAAAGUGGUUGGAGACAAGGAAAAGCAAUGCCAUUGAAGAUGAUCUCUUUUUCUGUAUGCAUGGAUUCCAGAUUAUCUGUACAUCACAUGCUUUCAGGGCAAUUAGCUCUGUUUUCCUGGCACAAAUCCCGUAUGCCAUACAGAAUACUCUACUAGAAUGACUCUAUAGAUAGAAUUGUCCUCAUGCCAAGAAUAGCUGGAACUUUUUAUUAAGAUGUUACCUUCUCCCAGGAAUUCAAACUUGAGAACAAUUUUAGUGUCAAGCAUUUAUCCCGGCUUUAUUAUCAUAUAAUACCUCAGGAACUCUAAUUACUUGUUAAUAGAGUAUAUGACUUAAGUCUUGAGUAACAUAACUGCAAGCAACACAUCGUAGAGUAAUGUGUGAUUCUGUGAGAUGAAUGCUGCAGAAAUAGCUGGAAUGGUUUAAAAUGCAGUUGCUUCUUCAGCUGGAAGUCACUGCCCUCAUUUGAAGCCAAUGAAAUGGGUGAUAUGUGCUGGUUUUAUCUGCUUCAGCACAAAACCAGCUGCUGUAAUUCCAGUUUUGCAAAGAGAAACCUUGAAAAGUGCUUGUGCAAUCCAUCCUGUGACCGUGGCAGAGAGGCGAUAACGGCUGCCUGGCAGGGACAUGGUGUGACUCCCCCGGGGUUCUUACCUCCACGGUCAUUUUGGCCAUGGAUGUUUAGAUGUGCUCAGCCACUGCUGCGAUGAACUGGGAUUUCAGGUGUGGCCCAAAGUUUAACUUCAGUAUAAUAAUCUUGCGUAAUAAGAUUUUUUUUAAAGUUAUUAAUCCAAUAAACACAUUUGGUGCUGAUUCAGGGGAGAAUUGUAUUUAUACAGUGUGAAAUAUGUUCUGAAUUACAAACCACUAUGGAAGUCAGGGUGGCAGAGGGCUCAUUCACUGAAGAAAUUGCAUUAAUUUGGUUAAAUCAUUUUCCACUGAGGUUUAUACGGUUUCUGUGUGUGAGCUCUAUAACAUAGGUGACUCGAUUUCUUCCGCUCUGAUGGUCACAGACCCUGCAAGCCAAAAGGGUAAGGAGGGAGGUGGACUUAAAUUGCUCUGUGUGAGACUUCUUUGCUGUGAGCAUGGCUUUAUUGUUCUUGCAGAAGUAAGAAUGUGCUAAGGCAUUUAAUGCUGUUGGGAAUAAGAUGUAACCAAGAAGAACCAAACUGCCUUUGGGGAAGAUAGAUUCUCUUGACGUAUUUCCAACCACAUCAGCAGUUAUUUUUGCAUUACUUUGCAACUAUUUGCUAAAAAAUGGAUGUAGAAACUUCUGUUUCUUUAAUUUUUUACUCUUAAACAGCAAUUCUAAGGAUAAAAGUGAUUAUAAAAUCACAUAAGAUUUUACUGUUUGCCUACUUCAUGGUGAACUUCAAGCAAAUUUCAGAGGCUUGUAUGUAGAAAUACUUUUUUUUUUUUUGUCCCUUGGUGUCAGUCCAGGGUCUAAGUUGAGCUGUGUCCUUCUUCUCUGAAUACAGUUAGGUUUAAUUGAGCUCAGGAGGCAAACCACAGUUAGUGUUGAGGAACAAGUUCUGCACAAUGACAGUCUUUGUAGCUCCUAGAUUUUAAAUUUCACAUAGCUUAAUGUAUGUGUACUUUGUGGGAGGUUUCAAAGGAUCUAAGUAAAUCAGUUUUAUUAGAUGAGACGUCAUUUGCCAAAAAAUGACAAAGGCCUCUUUGCUUAUCAUGAAACAACUUACAGGCCCUGCAGGUAGUUUCGGUAUACAGCUGAUGCAGCUGAACUGGAAUCUGAGUAACUCAUUGCAUCAGACACCUUAUCUUGCUUUUUAAAAAUUUGUUCCCAAGUUAUAAGGGAACUAAAAUUGCACAUUCUGUCCUUUUGGCAGUUAUUUUAUGGUGGGAUAUUGCAAAUGUUUCCUUCAGCUUCUUUCUCUGUGCACCUCACAUCUGUGAUUGACUUGAAUAGUGUGGCACUCUGAGAAUGUGAAAUGGGGUAAAACUCAGUGGGCACUGAUCUCUAAAUGUUCAUUUUUCUUGUGGAUAUGAUCAGCAUGGUAAGGUCCUUUCCAGUGUUCUCCAAAGAUUUCUGUAAUUCAGCAACCAACCACAGCAUGUUUUUGUGGACUGUAGUGAAAUCUGCCCAGAUGAAUUCACAGGGAGGCUUUUGUAUUUUUGUAAUGAGUCGUUUCCCAAAAUCGUAGAUGUUCAGCAAACAACCACAGCAUGUUUUUGUGGACUGUAGUGAAAUAUACCCAGAUGAAUUCACAGGGAGGCUUUUGUAUUUUUGUAAUGAGUCGUUUCCCAAAAUCGUAUAUAUGGUCCAUUUAAGGUAAGUCCAUUUAGCUGUAGUUUGAUUAGAGGGGGAGAGUGAUGUUUUUGAGAGCUGCGGAGUUAUUCUGCAUGUUCUGAAUCUUAAAAACAAGAGCUUUUGAACUGUCCUUUCUUCCGUGACAGGGUGUAAUGCCUCUAAGGCACGAUCCGUGCUGUCUUUGGUGCUGCUAGUAAAAGUGUUUCUCGUUUUGUUGAUCUUUAAAGUACAGACAAGACAUUCCCACUCUGGUUUGAACUCUUAGGUGAAUUAUGAUUACAGCAUGGUACCAAGAUUCUGUGCCUUUAUAAUAUGGGUCCCAUAUAGACUUCUUACAAGUAUCAGGCAGCUCCUGACCAUUACUGGCAUGAGCACUAAGCAGUACUAAUGCAGGGGAGGAAAAAAGAGUCUAUCUUGAAAUAUCUUGACACUCUCAGCUUGGCAUCUGUAUCGAUGUAUUUAUCAAGAGGGAGCCAAUGCAGAGGAAUAUCUGCUAAUUUAGAUUGUACAUUUCUCAGGGAACAGAUUAAUUUUUUUCUGUGUGGUUUCUCUCUGGGGCCUGGUUUUGCUGUAAUAUAAAUGACUUUUCUGGCCAAGGGCAAUUUUUUACUUUAAAUUGGGUAUGUUGAGACCAUAAAACUGUGAACCCAAGUGUAGAGGUAUGAGACAACUUUGAAAUUAACCUUUGUGUCACCUUUAAUAUUUAGAAAUCUUGCCUGAAGAAAUCAAGGAACAGAAAGCAUAGAUAUCUUAUCAGGACCUCACCAGUAGAGCAGACAGGGAAGUUGUUGGUAACAUGACUUCAUUUUUGAAACUUUGAGAACAUUUCUACCUCUAAUCAGGUUGAAAGGUCAGAACUAUGGAGGUAGUUACAACACUGAAAAUAGUAGGCUUGUGUUAACACGGGUUUUUAUUGUUAGUAAAAGGAAUUUUGAGUCAGGAAACACAAUCACAUGCUGAAAUAACUUUAAUAUUCAAAGCAUGAAUUGAGAAACAUGAACUGGAUUUUUUGACAAAUCCUAAGGAAAAUAAAUACAUUAAAUAACUCCAAACCAGUUAUUCUAACGUGUACGUCCCUCCACAGGAAUAAGCAUUCAGGUACUUGAGACUACAGUCCUUUCUCAACAACUGACAAAUUAAAAUACUCAGCUUCCUUCUGUCAUCAAGAUGCGCCUAAUUGAGUUGGCAGUGAAGCCAACUGUGAGCAUCACCUUGGAAGUGUUUUUGAAGACUCAGAAUUUGUUGAAUGUGCCUUAGCGGUGUCUGUUGUUUGCUGUUGCCUACGCAGGUUGUUUCUUCAAAGAGCUUCAAAUGACCGUGUCCAUACUGAUGUUCUCCAAGCUGCAUUUUAAUUCUCUUUGUAUUUGUCAGCACCUUUCAAGUAGUACUGUUGCUUGGUACUAGAUGAUGUUCUGUUUAUAAGCUUUUAAUGUAUGUGUACUUACUGUUGUGUAGGUGCUUGAUUUCUACAAAGUGACUGUAUACAGGGAAAUACUAGCGCUUUUAAGAAAUAUUCUGCUAGUGCCCUGAAAGUGUUGCUGUUAGUGACUCUUCUCUCAUGUAGACCGAUGUAAAAAGUCACUUCAAGACCCAUUAAAACUUCUCAGCUGUGGAUUCAAGGACAUAGAGCAUACCUGGGUGAAGGAAGAACCACAGCGUACGCCUGUCAGGCAGUUUGCAUGGGGCACACCAACUGUUUCUCUACCAUGUGGUGCACUUGGUUUGCAUUUACCUCUGCAGAAGGGAUUUGCACAUAAUGAUUACAUUCAAUAUGGCAGACCAAAUAGCGUGCGUUAAUUGGAUCAUAACUCUGUGUAUGACUCUGGACUGUUUGAUUUAAUCCCAUGCAUUUAUUAAGAAUAAAGUGAGUUGAAUUCAA